GCAAUACCACGACUUCCGGCAGCCAUUGUACUUUCUUUCCAAUCGUUCUGUGUGUGAGAAAACGUGCUCACUAUGUCUAAGAGAGGACGAGGAGGUUCCGCAGGAGGAAAAUUCCGGAUAUCCCUUGGUUUGCCAGUCGGUGCCGUGAUCAAUUGCGCCGACAAUACAGGUGCUAAGAAUCUGUACGUGAUUGCAGUGCAUGGCAUCAAAGGACGUUUGAAUCGCCUUCCAGCGGCCGGUGUUGGUGACAUGUUUGUAGCCACGGUGAAGAAAGGCAAGCCUGAGCUGAGGAAGAAGGUGAUGCCUGCCGUUGUCAUCCGGCAGCGUAAACCCUUCAGAAGGAAGGAUGGUGUCUUCAUUUAUUUUGAGGACAAUGCUGGUGUUAUUGUAAACAACAAAGGCGAAAUGAAAGGAUCCGCUAUUACGGGGCCAGUGGCCAAAGAAUGUGCCGAUCUGUGGCCACGUAUUGCCUCAAACGCCAGCUCUGUUGCUUAAGCAUUGAAUAUGAGAAUAAAAUCCGCUCAUAAAAUAAA